AUGGAUUCUGGCCCAACUUUUCCUCCUCCAACUGCUUCAAAACACGAGAAAACACUUGUUGCUUCAUCGGAAAUUGUGAAGAUUCUUGGAUGUGAUCUAACGGAAGCAACAGAAAUUUGGGAGGAAGUGAAGAUGUGUUUAACGGAAAAUGAAGUUCAGAGAAGAUUGGAAACGAUAGAAAUUCUCCAAUCAAGAACAAUCACUUCAACAAUUCUCCAAGUGUAUCAACUUGCCCUAUCUCAUCAGAAAACUUGCAUGACUUUCUUUUGA